AGGUAAAAAAUGUCCCCGUCAACAAUAGGGUUGUUGUCGUUGAUACUGCUGAUGUCUUGCUUCCUACAAGUUUAUUCAGUUCCAGCCGCCUAUAUAUGCAAAGGUAGGAAGCGAGGAGAAAACUGCUUUGUUAUGAUCAAUUUGCUCCGAAGCCCGCUACAGUCGCCUAACUGGAGCGUAUCGUCGUGGAAUAGAGCUAUGAAUCAACAAAAAGCAUAUCAACAACUGUUUCAAGAACCUGAAGUUGUACGCCGAAGGAGAUCCAGAUCGCUCAGAUACGGGAGGGGGCAGCCAUUAUUAUUAUGAUCCAUUCUACACUGUCUGUACAAAAUAGAUAUGAACAUUUAUAACGUUAUAAAAGACCAAACUGUCAUCGACAUGAAGCAGACGUUGUUUCUCAGUGAUUUUCGCAUUCUGUUAAUAUGUAGAUGUGAAGAAACCGCUAAAGUCAC